UCCGCAGACAGCUCUGCCUCUGCACACUGACAGCACAGGGGGGCAGGCAUGGAGCACACUCUCAAGUCCCUUCCAAGAGGGGGGUCUAAGUAGCAGCCUAGGGGGUAACAAACAAGCAUCCAAAACAGGUCACAGUGGUGAUGAAGCAGCUGCAACAGAAGCAACAGUAUCCAUAGGAGGAAGCAGGGGGAGACAGUGGGGGCUGAAGGAGUGUAAUAAGAACAGAGCAGAAAGCAGGAGAUUUAAAGGGAUCUGCUACCUGUCUGCCUCCCAGCAUUGCCAUCCUCACUCUGAGCUGUGGGUCUGCAUCUGAUGCCAUGGGAAACAAUUUAUCCUCUACCAUCCCUGCUUUCCCCAGAGGGGGCCAGACCAGACUGCCAAGGGUUCAGCAGCAGCAUCACAUCAAAGAUUCCAUAGGUGGGACGUUUCCGUCAUCCUCGCAUCGAUGUCACCACAAGCAGAAGCACUGCAUGCCGAUCCAGCAAUGCGGAGGCCUAGUGAUCAGUCCCCUGCUAUUUCAUCCCCAUGCCAAGGGCUCCCAAAUCAUCAUGGACACCACACAGAAAGCUGUGAAAAGGCAGGCCAGCUUUUGCAAUGCCAUCACAUUCAGCAACAGGCCAGUGGUCGUUCACGAGCAAGUCCGACUUAAGAUCACUAAAAAGCAAUGUUGUUGGAGCGGAGCUCUUCGGCUUGGCUUUACAUCCAAAGAUCCCUCACGGAUUAACCCAGACACGCUGCCCAAGUAUGCUUGUCCUGACCUGGUUUCCCAAAGUGGAUUUUGGGCCAAGGCUUUACCAGAAGAGUUUGCAAAUGAAGGGAAUAUCAUAGCCUUCUGGGUGGAUAAAAAGGGCAGGGUAUUCUAUCGAGUCAAUGACUCUGGGGCAAUGCUGUUCUUUAGUGGUGUACGAACCACUGAUCCUCUCUGGGCUCUGAUUGAUGUUUACGGACUGACUCGUGGAGUGGAAUUACUAGAAAGUGAAAUCAUUCCUCCUGAUUGUUUACGCCCAAGAUCCUUCACGGCCAUCCCUAGACCAUCCUUGCGAAGAGAAACAGAAGAAACUCGCUUGUCUGUCAGUCUGUGUGAUCUAAACUUACAAGAGGAGAAUUUCCAAACCAUGACCACUAUGUGUCCCAUCCCACAGAACUCCCUAAAUUCCCAGCAUUCUCACUUACUCCCAUCACAGCUGGAAAGUGACCUCCGUUUUCAUCAACUCAAAGGAGCCCAUAUCAAGACUUUAGAUGACCAAACAGUUGCCAGACUGGAACAUGCUAGAGAAGAGAGGACUUUAGUAUUCACUAACAGACCGCUUAGAAUUAAUGAAACAAUCUUCAUCAAGAUCAACAAAUCAAAUUCUUCUCGGUCAGGAACUUUGUCUUAUGGAGUGACAACUUGUGACCCCAGCACACUUAGACCAAGUGACCUUCCAUAUAAUCCAGAAUCGCUGGUUGACAGGAAAGAGUUCUGGGCAGUUUGUAGGGUUCUGGUGCCUCUCCAGAGUGGAGACAUAUUGGGAUUUAUGAUAAAUGCUGAAGGGGAACUACAUUUGAGUCAUAAUGGUACCAGCACAGGAAUGCAAGUAUGCGUAGACUGUUCACACCCUCUCUGGAUGUUUUUUGGUCUCCAUGGAGCCAUCAUGCAAGUCCGCAUUUUAGGUUCUACUAUUUCUUCCGAACUUCGGGAUCCAUCUACACCUAGUUCCCCAAAUUCCACUCCCAACAGUCCUUCAGCCUUGUGCAGUGGGAGUCUGGAUCCAAUAUUGAAUGCUUGUGUGCACGGAACACAGGCCAAUUCUGUUAAUGGUACCGCUCCAAACUCUCCAGUGAGCAUGCCUGAGUCGCCCAUCUCCCCUUCAGUCUCAGGAUCCUGGAAUGAUGAGUGUACAAUCUGUUAUGAAAACAUGGUGGAUACAGUCAUAUAUUCAUGUGGUCACAUGUGCUUGUGCUACACAUGUGGAUUGAAGCUGAAGAAGUUAAACAAUGCUUGCUGCCCCAUCUGCAGACGUGCUAUCAAAGACAUUAUUAAAACAUAUCGCAGUAGUUAAAAGACAACUCCAGAACAGGGGGAUAACAUCCAAAAGGAUAUUUCUCAAAUGGUACUCAACAAGUUUCUAAGAUUCUCUAGAUGAAACCAGAGACACCUCUCUUGAAAUAGUGUCAAUAUGUUUCAGUUCUGAAUGAGAAACAAGUCUGGACAACAAGAUGUCAGGGAAGCAUAAUCUUGUUAAAGUAUACUUUUUUUGCAUUUAAUGUAACGAAAAUCGACAUGCAUUAUUUGCAGAAUACCUUAUCCCUCUUUUCUAUUUAAAUGAUAACUUAGCCCUCGGAGAACCCAGCAGAGCAUUGGUUGCUCGAGUUUAUAAGUGCAACGGAAUAAGUGCAACUCUUUCACACUCCUCCCCACCACGACCACCACUACCACCUAGUACGAUUGCUGCAACAAUUGCUGUUCCUGCUAAGGGUAAUGGUAAAAUCUCAGUUCAAAACAAAUAAACCAACACAGAAUAUCAUCAUUCUUAAACCACAUUUUUAAAUUAAUAUCCUUAAUUAUUGUACACACACACACACACACACACACUCUCUCUCUCUCUCUCUCUGUUUGGCACAUUGAUUCAUAUGUUGCCACAUGUAUAACUACUCUGAUACUUAUUUUUAGAGGAAAGGAGAAGAAAUUGCCAUGUACGAGUAAGGAGUAUUCACCAAACCAUAAAGCGAUUAGAGAGUUCAGGACAAAUAGCUAAACUAGAAGAGUUGGCUAUCCUUAAAAUUAAACGGCUUUUGUAAUUCCCCCAGUAUCCAAAUUAAUGAAUAAAAACUGUGAUCAGUCCUAAAUCCUACGAUGUGAUUUACCCACUAGUGCAGGUAUUACCCACCUCUCUUUAUAUUACCGUCUAAGGGCUUCACUACCAGUAUUUGGGGGUAGAAAAAAAUAUUUACA